AUGAAACUCUGGGAAUUGACAUCUUCCAGUAUCAGACCUCGAGAAGACAGCUGGUUAAAGUCCUUAUUUGUCCGGAAAGUUGAUCCAAGAAAAGAUGCCCACUCCAACCUUCUGGCCAAAAAGGAGACGAGCAGCCUAUACAAACUGCAGUUUCACAAUGUUAAACCGGAAUGCCUAGAAGCAUACAACAAAAUUUGUCAAGAGGUGUUGCCAAAGAUUCAUGAAGAUAAACAUUACCCUUGUACUUUGGUGGGGACUUGGAACACGUGGUAUGGCGAGCAGGAUCAAGCUGUCCACCUCUGGAGGUACGAAGGAGGCUACCCAGCCCUCACAGAGGUGAUGAGUAAACUCAGAGAAAACCAGGAGUUUGUGGAAUUCCGCAAGGCCAGAAGUAACAUGCUCCUCUCCAGGAAGAACCAGCUGCUGCUCGAGUUCAGUUUCUGGAAUGAGCCUGAGCCGCGGUCAGGACCUAACAUAUAUGAGCUCAGGUCUUACCAGCUCCGACCUGGAACCAUGAUUGAAUGGGGCAAUUACUGGGCUCGUGCAAUCCGCUUCCGGCAGGACGGUCGUGAGGCGGUGGGCGGGUUCUUCUCCCAGAUUGGCCAGCUCUACAUGGUGCACCACCUCUGGGCUUACAAGGAUCUUCAGACCCGGGAAGAUAUUCGAAACGCAGCGUGGCAUAAACACGGCUGGGAAGAAUUGGUGUAUUAUACAGUCCCUCUCAUUCAGGUGAUGGAAUCCAGAAUCAUGAUCCCCCUGAAGACCUCGCCCCUCCAGUAA